GUUGUCCUUGCGGCUGAAUACACGGCACGAGCGAGCGGCACCACUUCCAUCCCUACGCGGCGUACCCCUGGAUGGCGACGAGAGAUAUCACCCGUCCCUUCGUGAUCUUGAGGACAGAUGUCAAGGUGAAAGUGGCAAGGCGUCGUCAGAUGGCGUCGCAUUCGCCUGACGUGCACCACGAAGCCAACUCCCUCAUGCGAAAUGCCGAAAUGCGGUCCGACAUUGAUCUUGAAGCGGCAGCGUCGUUAGCCCAGAACACACCUGUAUGGGUCGAUGCCGUCACAGAUGUAAACAUCCACAUUGCGCGCGUGAAAGACCUGAUGGACAAGCUGACAAAGAUUCGGACAAAGCGGCUCAUGGUCCGCUUUGACGACUCCGAGACAGCCCAAGAACGCGAGAUUGAGAGCAUCACGGCCGACAUCACGGCCGAAUUUCGGAAAGCUGAGGGGAUACUCAAGCGAAAGAUGAACGGCAAGGAUGGCGUGUCCGACGCGGAUGCAAAAACUCGACAGAAUGUGCAGCGGGCGUUGGCAACGCAACUGCAAACGCUGUCGGGGGAGUUCCGCAAAGCGCAAAAAGAGUAUUUAGAUCGCGUAAAGACACAGCGCCAAGGUCCCAAAGAAUUUGAUUUUCUAUCCGAGGAGAAGAAGCCCAAGCGCAGCACUGGCAUAGACGGAGGGUUCAUGCAGGCCCAACUGGCAGAAGUCGAACUAGCAGAAGACCUGAUCAACGAACGAGACCGCGAAGUGCAACAGAUCGCGACGUCGAUUCAGGAGCUGGCAACAAUUUUUAAGGAACUAGCGGUGCUUGUGAUCGAUCAAGGCACGAUCUUGGAUCGCAUCGACUACAACAUGGAACAAGUCGUUGAACGGACGCAAGCUGGGAUUGUCGAGCUCGAAAAGGCCGAGACGAUCCAGAAAAGCGGGCGGCCCAUGAAGUGUAUAGGCAUCCUUCUCGCCCUCAUCACGGUGAUGACCAUCAUACUCAUGCUCAAGCACAUGCACUAACCUAGCAAACGUGUAUGCGUCAUAAUGGACUUGCUUCACUUGGGCCUCUCUUGACCAACAUGGAACCGCGGUUGACCA